CAAUGGUAGUGCAGCAUCCCAGCGCUGCCAUAAGCCAGUGCAGGGAGGAAGGGAUUGACUGGAGAGACCAGAGCUCUGAAGGCAGAUAAAACGUCAGGUCUCUUGUGAAUUGGGGGAUAACCAGUCUUGCCUUAUGAUGGGAACGGACGCUCGCUCCACUUGUGGACAUUGACGCUCUGUUCCGCAUCAGGAAGGAAAAAGCACUCCACCUUUUUGGGGUUUUGUUUUUGUAUAUUGCCUCUCUGUUGUGGUGAGGGCUCAGCGCUGUCUACCUUCAUGUGGAGAAAGAAGCUACUGGUGCGCUCUUCGACUCCCCUCUCCUCCUCAUCCGUCCUCUCCGGAUCAGGUCUUUCGCGCUAGGGAUCCGCUUUCCUGGAAUCUCGGUCCUCCAUGUACGAUAACCUCUACCUCCAUGGCUUCGAAGACUCGGAGGCGGGCUCAGCUGAUUCCUACACAAGCCGACCGUCUGACUCAGACGUGUCCCUGGAGGAGGAGAAGGAGGGCGGCCGGCAGGAGAGGGAGCAGCAGGCCACCGUUCAGCUCGAGAGGGCAAAGAGUAAAGCAGUAGCAUUUGCCGUGAGGACCAAUGUGAACUACUGCGGAGCGCUGGAGGAGGACGUUCCUGUCCCCGGCACCGCCGUCACGUUUGACGCCAAGGACUUCCUCCACAUCAAAGAGAAGUACAACAACGACUGGUGGAUCGGCCGCCUGGUGAAAGAAGGCUGCGACAUCGGCUUCAUUCCCAGCCCGCUGAAGCUGGAAAACAUCCGGCUGCAGCAGGAGCAGAAGCGAGGACGCUUCCACAGCAGCAAAUCCAGUGCAAAUUCCUCCUCCAGUCUGGGAGAAAUGGUGUCAGGGACGUUCAAACCAAACCCAAACUCAGCAGGAAAGCAAAAACAAAAAGUGGCUGAACACGUCCCGCCGUACGACGUGGUUCCGUCCAUGAGGCCGGUGGUCCUGGUAGGUCCGUCCCUGAAAGGCUACGAGGUGACAGAUAUGAUGCAGAAAGCGCUGUUUGACUUCCUGAAGCACAGGUUCGAUGGAAGGAUAUCCAUCACGAGGGUCACCGCUGAUAUAUCGUUGGCCAAGAGGUCAGUACUUAACAACCCCAGUAAACGGGCCAUCAUUGAGAGGUCCAACACCCGCUCCAGCCUCGCUGAGGUCCAGAGUGAAAUAGAAAGGAUCUUUGAGUUGGCCAGAUCGCUACAGCUGGUGGUGUUGGAUGCAGACACCAUUAAUCACCCAGCACAGCUUAUCAAGACCUCAUUAGCUCCCAUUAUUGUCCAUGUUAAGGUGUCAUCUCCUAAGGUCUUGCAGCGUCUGAUCAAAUCACGAGGGAAGUCCCAAAGCAAACACUUGAACGUGCAGCUUGUUGCAGCAGAAAAACUAGCCCAGUGUCCAUCUGAGAUGUUUGACAUCAUUUUGGACGAGAACCAGCUUGAAGAUGCCUGCGAACACCUGGCAGAAUACCUGGAGGCGUACUGGCGCGCUACCCACACUUCACUUAGCACGCCGCUCAACCCCCUGCUGGGACGCAAUCUGGGCUCCACUGCUCUCUCCCCGUUUCCCGCUGCCAUCCAGGCCCAAAAGAAUCGAAACAGCAACCACACGACUACCGACCAUUCUCCCGUCGAGCGCCGCAAUCUGAUGCCCGCAGAUGAGAACUAUCACAACGAGCGAGCCCGGAAGAACCACAACCGCCUGUCGUCGGGCUCACAGCACAGCAGGGACCACUCUCCACUAAUGGAGGAGGACUACCAAGACCCCUACCAGGACUCUUACAAGCCUCACCGCAACCGCGGAUCCCCCGGAGGCUACAGCCAGGACUCCGCCAAGCACAGGCUGUGAGCCGAUAGUCACAAUCGCUGAGGCGGCGGUGGCUCCGUCAUGAUGAGUCUACUUCACUCAUGUGAACUGGAACUAUCUCUUAUGUCUGUGUAGUACCUCAUAUCCCCUUUUGACCAUGGUUGUUGUUGCCAAAUGGACAUUUAUAACCUAAUAAUAAUAAUAAUAAUAAAAAAAGAAACAACUGCCUUUGCUAUGACGUGAAUAUGAGGGUGGACAUGUAGCACAAGAACUAUGUUUUAAACGAAGGGUGGAAGUUUAGCUUGUUUUAAUGUGUCACACAAGUAGCUUGUAAGUUAAAUCAACUAGCAAGUGAAAGUGUGGGGUCUUCUACACUUUCCCUGCCAUCUCAGCUGUCCCUGUAGCAUGUAGGUGGGGGGCUGCGAAGCCGGUGCCAGACAGCAACUCGGCUGCGACUCAGCAACUCAGUGCUUGUUUAAACGUAUCUUAAGACAUGAGGGAAGCAAAAAUAUGCCAUUAAUAAUACGUUUGUGUUCUACCGUCCUCGACGUGAGCAAGCUUGUUCAAAAAAAUUCUUGACUUUUGCUAUUUGUUUACAAUAUUAUAUAUAUUUUCCUCUUCAAAGUUCAUCCAGUAGCUUCCCGAACCCCCUUCUUUACUUUCCCUGAACUCCCAUGUUUGUUCAAUCGGUCGUAUGCAAAGUUGCGCAAAUACAGAGAUGUUUAAAGCUCCAAACCUCAGGAAUGAGGGGUCACUAAGACCCGGAAGUGUAGCGUUUUGUUAUCUUACCCGUCUGGAUAAUUAUGGGUGUAUUAUUUUAAUAUGCAGUGCCUUUCAAGAGUAUUCACAGCUGAAGUUGUAAUUGGGAUGAAACAUGGUGGUGGCGGCAUAGACCUGUGGUGAUACUGGCUAAAGUGGGUAUAAAGAAGAAGCGAAAAAAAACCCAUCAAUCUUGGGGGGGGAAAAAAGAACUAUUGGAGUAUGCAGAAGGUAUGCUAGGUGUCUAGUGUUAAAGUGGUCCUGUCAAAGUCUACGCCUAAAUCCACCUGAGAUUAUUUCCACGUAAUCUCACCGAGCUUCAAUAGGCAAAAAUGUCAGCCUCCUGUUCUGGUACAUUCACCUUACAAAAUUUAAGCUGCAAUCAAAUCAAAAUGUAAGUGCAUGUAUCAUUCUCCUUUCAUUUAAAAAUGAUCUGGUACUUUAUGUUGCUCUACCACAAAGCACCUAAAUCUAAUACAUUAAGGAGUGAGGUGGUAACACGAAUGCUUUUGUAAGGCACUGUAGCUGUAGUGGAAUGCUAUGAUGUGCAUUUAGUUUGUUUUUUGUCUGGGCAUGAUUAUGAAAAUACAAGAGUGGAUUUUAGUUUGUGAUAUAUUGAGGGCUUCCAUGUGUAAAUAUUGUCAAAAAUGACAGAGGAGAAACCUAAAAAUUCUACUUUUGGUAAAUCUGAUUACAUUCCAUUGGUUUAAUUCAAGGUACUGCAGAUAAUUCAGAUCAAGAUUUCUUUUUUAAACGGUUUUAUAACAACUAUAAAAUGUUCACCGGGCAGAAGCUGAUCCUGACCGUCGUCUUUGUUUUCAGGUGUAACUAACAGUUACAUGUAACUAUCUUUAACCAAACAGGAAAAAAUGUUUUCCCUGUUUCCUGUUUGAUAGAGGUGGUAGACUUCAAUUCAAUAUAAUAUGAACUAUCCGCUAGUCUUUAUCUGAUUUUUUACCAAACAAAAAGCUAAUUAAAAGAACAUGCUAUUUAUUGACGUGUCUACAACAGGAAAAAUGACUGGUUUUAAGUUUUUAUGUGCCUAACGAAUGAAGAAAAAUUUGUUUUUCAGUACCCGGUCUGCUGAUUUGAUUUUAACCAAUUUAAGGGAAAAUCAGAGGAUUCUGAUCAACCACUUUCAUGUCUUUCCGAAUUUCACUUCUGUUACAAGCUGCUUUAUGCUAAAUGUAGUGGAUUUUCCAGGUUUUUUUCGUUUGUUAUUUAUUUAUUUAUUUAUUUAAAUAUACACUGCCAAUAAACACAGGAAAAAUAGAGCAGAAUCUUUCAGUGAUAUACUCUUGAACCUUGUAUUAUAACAUGCAGCGGUUAUUCUCAUGCUAUGGGUCAUAAAUGAGUAAAAUCUUUUGUUUUUGUUUUUUCCAAACAGUGAAGUUUUAGCACCAACAUAAAAAUAUGAAAACUGGUUGUGAGAGAGUGAUAAACUAAUUAGAAUGUAUGUGUGCAUCGUCAUUUUACAACUGUAUUGAAAUAAAAUGCACUGUUGUAUGGA